GCUGUCGUCACUCCGUUGGGCUUUCUUUUCUGGACCAUAUUCCGUGAAUCGCCGUUCACUUUUCAUCCCGCCAUUCACAUCACAACAUGGUUCAGUAUUGUAGCUCUUCUACCUAUGGUACCAGCGAUUUUUAUAUACAAUACUGGGUAAGCAAUGCAUUUUGAUUCCAUAUACCAAUACUGUAUAACAAACAGGGCCGUUGAAAGCAGGGGCGGCGCCGAGGCAGGGGGGGGGGCUAGGCCCCCAAUCAUUUCCUCACCCAUUAUUAUUAUUAUUAUUUAAAUAUAUUUAUGCACGGUAACCUUUCACUUUCCUGUUUUCAAAAGGGUGUGCUUUAAUCUAUUUACAUUAAUUAAUUUGAGUAAAAAUCUAAAAUGAUACAACCAUAUACGACACACAAAUUUCACAUGCAAGAUAAUUAUAUAACAAGGUAUUUCCAGGCAUGAUAACAGCCAACAACGUGUUUCCAUUACAAAUACAUUUUGUACUGAUGUUUCCAUCAUUAACUUUAGCUGUUCUGAAUUAAUCGCUUGAAUGAAUUUAAGGACAGACAUUCAUAAUUUGUCUACAAUUUCGCGAGGGAAAUAUAUUAUUCCAAGAUACUGCUUAUUCCAAGAUACCCAUGAGGAUUCUAAUUCUUUUCAUACUUGCCCAGGCCUAUAUAUAAAUAGGAUCAAAACCAAUUCAUGCUUAUGAUUACAUACAGAACACACGUUGUUUCAAACUCCUGGGGGAGGGGAUGAAGCUUAAGUUCUAAAAAGUUAUAAAGUGCUUUACAAAAUCUUGAAUUUUUGACAACAAAUAUUUUUUCGCUAUGACAUAAGCAAUGACAUAAGCUAUGACAAAAUUCUGUGGGUGUCAGACUGUGGUAUGGUAUCUUCAACAGUCUUGAUUGAUAACCUGUCCACAAACGGGGCUAAAAAUACAUAUUUGAUUGUUUAUAUUUGUAGUCAAGAGGAAGGCGAAAGAAGUAUCGUUGACCCAGAGAAAGCCCCUUUAAAGGAGAACCCCUUUAAAGCGUUCGAAAACAAGGGAGGGCCAUGA